AUUAAAAAAGUUUUAUAUAUGUAUAUUUACACUAAAUCAGUACCUCAUGAAAAUGUUCUGCUGACAUUCUUAAACCCACGCAAUUUUGAUUAGUUGUUGCAAACUAAAUAUUAUCCUAUUCUGACUUUUUGAUAUGACACGAGUAUGGCAUCAUGUUCGUCUGUUUUUUUUUUUUAUAAAUUUCCAUUUAAUUCUGAGCUCCACUUCUCUGUGUUGCAAAUGUAAAAUGGGAAAGCUAAAUCUAUGACAUUGUUUUUACGUUUUAUGGAGUGAUAUCAUUUUUGCACAGUUCUUGUUUUUCAAGAAAUUUGACUUCCUCUGUGAGUACAAUGAUGAUUUGAAUAUAACUACCUAGACUUAUGUUAUUUUUACUCAGAUUUGGUCUCGUUCAAACAGUUUGUUCUUUCUCAAAGUUUUAUGAAGACAGUGAUGAAUAAAAGCUCAUAUCUGAGGAAAAAAAGCAUAAAAAGCCUAUUUUGGCCGCCCUUGACGAACAGACUACAUUACCCAGAAUCCUCAGCUCAAAACAGACAACACCAGCGGCACAUGUUUUAUCAUGGCGGCCCCCGCUAAAAAGGUGGUUGGUGUGUCUGACGAUUCCAGCAGCAGUGACGACGAAGCGCUUAAAAGAUGUCAGGAGGCAGUUUGGGAGACACGAACCGACAAGAAGAAAGAUGGGAACAGCAAUGUGCAACAGUCAAAGCGUGUUGUUGUCGCUGACCAUGAACAUGAUGGCAACGAGCUCCAGGUCACCCAAGGGUUUCGAACACACGUAGCUAAAAAGUUGGGACAUCUUCUUGACAGUUGUAUUACAGUGAUUCAGGACGAAACCUCAUCCUCAUGUGUGACAUCAGCAAAAUGUGAUGAUGAUGAAGGUAAAGAUUCUUUUUAUUUUGGUACUUGCUACUUUUAUGGGGAUUCUGCUAUCUUCUCUUUAAAUCCACGUUCCCCUCCCCACCCCCCCUUUUUAGGAUUUCGUCUGUUUUCUACAUCAGUCCCAGGACAGACAGCUGAUGAUCCUCCAGCUCCUGUGAGGCGCCGGCCUAUUCCCAGUUCAAGUGACAGCGACAGUGAGAUGGAGACGAGGCUGAGGGAGGCAGCGGUGUCCGUCAAAGACCUCUUACCCUCAUCGUCACUUCCCUCUACACUCUCAACUCCCUCAGCAGAAAAAAUAAAAACAAAGCAAAAGAAGAAACUGGCAGAGGGAGAGGAGAGCCAUGUUGUUAAGAAGAAGAGGAAACAGAAAAAAGGAGAGAGUGACUCUGCAGGUUCUCCUCUCAGUGCUCAAAGCAAUGGUGAGCACAGGAGUUCAGAGCAGGAACACAUGCAAGUCAAAGGAAAAAGGAAGAAGCGAGAAUUGAACACAGAGGAAAAAGCUUUGAAUUGAAUUUCUUAUGACUAAUCUUUCACUGUUUGUAUGUUUUUCAGUCUGUCACAAGCUUGAAAUGAUUAAAAGGUAACAUAUUUUCCAAAACAUUGAGUAUAUUUUAGGAAGCCAUGUGUUUCAGAACAUGUAGCACAUACAUGAGUACAAGUGAAAACUUUUUCAUGAAAUAUCUUUUCAUAUCAUUGCUCAUGGUUAUUCUUGAAAUAGUCUUUGCUUUCUCAUGAAAGAUACUCAUUAAGAGUGUGAAAAACAAGCCAGUGACAUAAAAAAAUAUGCAGAGAACGUGCGGUUUACAAGAUUCAACUAAAUGUACAAUUUGUGAGUAUUUUAAUAAAAAUACAUUUUGUUGUUGAUUUUCA